GGACUCUGGGGCCACAUGACCGGUGCUGGGGACAAAUGGCCCUCAGAGGCGGGGAAGGGAGAGGCUGCCCCUGCGCCUUUCAUGCUUGUUUGCUCUAGCCUGCGCCGGGCGCACAUCUCUCCCAUUAUCCCCGUCCCCACGGGAGACGCUUCUGGAAGAGAAACCUUACUCAGAAUCUGGGCACCCGAGACAGCUGUCCAAGGAGCAGGGACCCCAGAAGAUGACACUCUGCGUGUCGUCCCUGUGUCUGCACAGAUGGGUCGACAUGUUAAAACAGGUCAGCUGGCAGCCAUCAAAGUUAUGGAUGUCACUGAGGAUGAAGAGGAAGAAAUCAAACUGGAGAUAAAUAUGCUGAAGAAAUAUUCUCACCAUAGAAAUAUUGCAACGUAUUACGGUGCUUUCAUUAAAAAGAGCCCCCCAGGACAUGAUGACCAGCUGUGGCUCGUCAUGGAGUUCUGCGGGGCUGGGUCCAUCACUGAUCUCGUGAAGAACACCAAGGGCAAUGCGCUCAAGGAGGACUGGAUCGCCUACAUCUCCAGGGAGAUCCUGAGGGGCCUGGCACAUCUCCACAUCCAUCACGUGAUUCACCGGGACAUCAAGGGCCAGAAUGUGCUGCUGACGGAGAACGCAGAGGUGAAACUUGUCGAUUUUGGGGUGAGUGCUCAGCUGGACAGGACUGUCGGGAGGAGAAACACGUUCAUUGGGACCCCCUACUGGAUGGCUCCCGAGGUCAUCGCCUGCGACGAGAACCCGGAUGCCACCUACGAUUACAGAAGUGACCUGUGGUCUUGCGGCAUCACCGCCAUCGAGAUGGCAGAAGGCGCUCCCCCUCUCUGUGACAUGCAUCCAAUGAGAGCGCUGUUUCUCAUCCCCAGAAACCCUCCUCCCCGGCUGAAGUCCAAAAAAUGGUCAAAGAAGUUUUUUAGUUUUAUAGAAGGGUGUCUGGUGAAGAAUUACCUGCAGCGGCCCUCCACUGAGCAGCUUUUGAAACAUCCUUUCAUAAGGGACCAGCCGAAUGAAAGGCAAGUUAGAAUCCAGCUUAAGGACCACAUAGACCGGACCAGAAAGAAGAGGGGAGAGAAAGAUGAGACUGAGUACGAGUACAGCGGGAGUGAGGAGGAGGAGGAGGAGGUGCCGGAGCAGGAGGGGGAGCCCAGCUCCAUCGUCAACGUGCCCGGUGAGUCCACGCUCCGUCGGGACUUCCUGCGGCUGCAGCAGGAGAACAAGGAGCGCUCGGAGGCCCUGCGGAGGCAGCAGCUCCUACAGGAGCAGCAGCUCCGGGAGCAGGAGGAGUACAAGCGGCAGCUGCUGGCCGAGAGGCAGAAGCGCAUCGAGCAGCAGAAGGAGCAGAGGCGGCGGCUGGAGGAGCAACAAAGGAGAGAGCGGGAGGCCCGGCGGCAGCAGGACCGAGAGCAGCGGCGACGAGAGCAGGAGGAGAAGAGGCGUCUGGAGGAUGCGGAGCGGAGACGGGCCGAGGAGGAGAAGCGGAGGGUGGAGAGAGAGCAGGAGUAUAUCCGGCGGCAGCUGGAAGAGGAGCAGCGGCAUCUGGAACUCCUUCAGCAGCAGCUGCUCCAGGAGCAGGCCGUGCUACUGGAGUGCCGCUGGCGGGAGAUGGAGGAGCACCGGCAGGCCGAGCGGCUCCAGCGGCAGCUGCAGCAAGAACAAGCCUAUCUCCUGUCUCUACAGCACGACCACCGGAGGCCGCACCCGCAGCCCCCGCAGCCGCCGCCGCCGCAAGAGAGGACCAAGCCCAGCUUCCACGCCGCCGAGCCCAAGGCCCACCACGAGCCGGCCGAGCGGGCCCGGGAGGUGGAAGAUAGAUUUAGGAAAACUAACCACAGCUCCCCUGAAGCCCAGUCUAAGCAGACAGGCAGAGUAUUGGAGCCACCAGUGCCUUCCAGAUCAGAGUCUUUUUCCAAUGGCAACUCCGAGUGUGUGCACCCUGCCCUGCAGAGACCAGCCGAGCCACAGGUACAGUGGUCCCACCUGGCGUCUCUCAAGAACAAUGUUUCCCCUGUCUCGCGAUCCCAUUCCUUCAGUGACCCUUCUCCUCCCAAAUUUGCACACCACCAUCUUCGCUCUCAGGACCCAUGUCCACCUUCCCGCAGUGAGGUGCUCAGUCAGAGUUCUGACUCUAAGUCGGAGGUACCUGAGCCCACCCAAAAGGCUUGGUCUAGAUCAGACAGUGACGAGGUGCCUCCAAGGGUCCCUGUGAGAACAACGUCUCGGUCCCCUGUCCUGUCCCGUCGGGACUCCCCGCUGCAGGGCAGUGGACAGCAGAACAGCCAAGCAGGUCAAAGGAACUCCACCAGCAGCAUCGAGCCCCGGCUGCUGUGGGAGAGAGUGGAGAAGCUGGUGCCCAGGCCUGGCAGCGGCAGCUCCUCGGGGUCCAGCAACUCAGGAUCCCAGCCCGGCUCCCACCCCGGGUCCCAGAGCGGCUCCGGGGAGCGCUUCAGAGUGAGAUCAUCGUCCAAAUCUGAGGGCUCUCCAUCUCAGCGCCUUGAAAAUGCAGCAAAAAAGCCUGAAGACAAAAAAGAAGUUUUCAGGCCUCUCAAGCCUGCUGAUCUGACGGCGCUGGCCAAAGAGCUGCGGGCAGUGGAAGACGUGCGGCCACCACACAAGGUGACAGACUACUCCUCCUCCAGCGAGGAGUCGGGGACGACGGAUGAGGAGGACGACGACGUGGAGCAGGAGGGCGCGGAGGAGCCGGGCUCUGGACCGGAGGACCCCCGAGCAGCGUCAUCUCUGAAUUUGAGCAACGGGGAAACGGAGUCCGUGAAAACCAUGAUUGUCCACGACGACGUGGAAAGCGAACCAGCCAUGACCCCAUCCAAGGAGGGCACCCUGAUCGUCCGCCAGAGUACAGUUGACCAAAAGCGCGCCAGCCAUCAUGAGAGCAAUGGCUUUGCCGGUCGCAUUCACCUCUUGCCAGAUCUCUUACAGCAAAGCCAUUCCUCCUCCACUUCCUCCACCUCCUCCUCCCCAUCCUCCAGCCAGCCGACACCCACCAUGUCCCCACAGACACCCCAGGACAAGCUCACUACUAAUGAGACUCAGUCCGCUAGUAGCACACUCCAGAAACACAAAUCUUCCUCCUCCUUUACACCUUUUAUAGACCCCAGAUUACUACAGAUUUCUCCAUCGAGUGGGACUACAGUGACCUCUGUGGUGGGAUUUUCCUGUGAUGGAAUGAGACCAGAGGCCAUAAGGCAAGAUCCUACCCGGAAGGGCUCAGUGGUCAAUGUGAACCCCACCAACACUAGGCCACAGAGCGACACCCCGGAGAUCCGCAAGUACAAGAAGAGAUUUAACUCCGAGAUUCUCUGUGCUGCCCUGUGGGGAGUGAAUUUGUUGGUGGGUACAGAGAGUGGCCUGAUGCUGCUGGACAGAAGUGGCCAAGGGAAGGUGUAUCCUCUGAUUAACAGAAGACGAUUUCAACAGAUGGACGUCCUGGAAGGCUUGAAUGUCUUGGUGACAAUAUCUGGCAAAAAGGAUAAGUUGCGUGUCUACUAUUUGUCCUGGUUAAGAAAUAAAAUACUUCACAACGACCCGGAAGUCGAGAAGAAGCAGGGCUGGACAACCGUAGGGGAUUUGGAAGGAUGUGUGCACUAUAAAGUUGUAAAAUACGAAAGAAUCAAGUUUCUGGUAAUUGCUCUGAAGAGUUCUGUGGAAGUGUAUGCAUGGGCACCCAAGCCAUACCACAAAUUUAUGGCCUUUAAGUCGUUCGGAGAGCUGGUGCAUAAGCCAUUGCUGGUGGAUCUCACUGUGGAGGAAGGCCAGAGGCUGAAAGUGAUCUACGGGUCCUGUGCAGGGUUCCAUGCUGUGGAUGUGGACUCGGGAUCUGUCUAUGACAUUUAUCUACCAACACACGUAAGAAAGAACCCACACUCUAUGAUCCAGUGCAGCAUCAAACCCCACGCGAUCAUCAUCCUCCCCAACACGGACGGCAUGGAGCUCCUGGUGUGCUACGAGGACGAGGGGGUGUACGUGAACACCUACGGGAGGAUCACCAAGGACGUGGUCCUACAGUGGGGCGAGAUGCCCACGUCCGUGGCAUACAUUCGAUCCAACCAGACAAUGGGCUGGGGAGAAAAGGCCAUAGAGAUCCGGUCUGUGGAAACUGGCCACUUGGACGGCGUGUUCAUGCAUAAAAGGGCUCAGAGGCUGAAGUUCUUGUGUGAGCGCAAUGACAAGGUGUUCUUCGCCUCCGUCCGGUCCGGGGGCAGCAGCCAGGUUUACUUCAUGACGCUGGGCAGGACCUCUCUUCUGAGCUGGUAGCAGCGGGGCGAGGAGGGCUGCACCGGAGUCUUUGAGAUGGAGAACUUGGAAUUCCUUGCAACUGGAGCUCGGAGCUGCCCGGCUGCCCGGGACGGCGCGUGCACGGACCCCGCCUGGGGGUCUCCCGCCCGCCCACUUGCUCUUACCAGUUUCUCCCCGUUCUCUUCUUUUCCUUUUCAAAAUAAAUCAAGGCUGCAAUGCAGCUGGUGCUGUUGAGACUCACCGUUAGGUGCUAUCAGUGUUGGGAUCGAGCAUCAGACAGAACGCAAACGCCUUUCCUUCAGCUCCAGAAUUCCUUGUCUCGGUGACUCUGUCUUGGGUGAUGCAGGUGGAGACGUGAACACGCCGGUGGGAGGUUGGCAGGGGGCACAGGAGGUGUCAGGGUGCUCUGAGGAGCAGUCUGCGGAAGCCGCGAGCAGAUCUAAUAUAGUAACAGUAACAAUGUAUUUAAUUGACAUUUCUUUUUUGUAAUGUGAUGAUAUGUGGACAGAGAAGAGGGUGCAGGUUAAAGAAGUUAAUAUUUAUAAAAUGUGAAAGACACAGUUACUAGGAGGACUUUUUUGUGGGUGGGGCUUAGGAGGCGGGGUGGGCGGGUUAGGGUCCCAUUUUGUUUCAUGGGAAUUUUUUUUUUGGCCAAGAACUGAGUUGUUUUUCUGUGUACCAAGUUUUGCCUAAAUCGUGCAGAUGAUUCUUUUAAAAAAACAAAAAAAAAAAAAGGAAAAAGAAAGGGUGUGCAUUUGUGUCAUGGCCAGAACCUUGUUGUGUGACAGUAUUAGCACUGCCUCAGUCAAAGGUUUAAUUUCUGUUUAAACCUAGAAGUGUAGCAGCAGCAGUUUCACCACAGUCUGCACUUGCGGAGGAAAAAAAUUUUUCAACCACUUUUUUUUUUUUUUGCCUACCUCAUUGUUUUUAAUGCAUUAAGAGGUGGUUUUGUUUUUACGUUUUGGGAGGAAAACAUUAAUUUAAUCUUAAUACCAAAACUAUCUAAUUGAAGUUGGACUGUUAAUCUCGUCCCAGGUCUCAGUAGGCACCAGAGACAUUGUCCCUGAAGAUGGGAAACAGCCCUCAGGCUUGUCGUGCUGCGGCGGGCAUCUGCUUUCCGAGUUGAGAGCAGGCGCUCAGCUCCCGCCGGGCUCACCUGCAGUGGUUGCCGGGCGGCCCGGCUGCCAGCCCGGGGCCCUGACUGUUCCCAGCCCGGGGCUUGCAGACAGGCAGUCAUGUGGGGCAGCCCCGCAAGCUGUCACCAGUGUUGCAGGAACCUUUCCUUGGGGCGGGGAGAUUCCCCUUUUCUAAAAAACGCAAUGCACUAAAACUAUUUUAAGAAUGUAGUUAAUACUGCUCAUUCGUGAGGUAGCAUCUCCCUGUGUUUGGGUGUGACAUCGGAGCCCUGGCUUUCCUCGUUCUCUCCCUUGCUCUCUUGUUCUCUCUCUGUUUUUUAAACCAGUUUUACUUUUUGAGUAUGUUCAUGACAUUUGUAAUAAAUGUCUUGGGAAAUAA